UGGAUAGCGUAGAGCUUAUUCAUAGCUCUCAUAUACAUUAAACUCCCUCCCUGAGACUUUGCUUCUUCAUUAAUUUAUUCUUAUAUCGACAAACAGCUUUCGUAUCAAAAGCUCUCCGACAGAAAUAUCAACACAUACCUUUCUCGCCACACUAAACACCACAAAAUCAUUCCAAAAUGUUUUCACUGCCACAACUAGUUUUGAGGGUUCUCCAAUUUCUCUGCGUCCUCAUUGCCCUCGCUCUCGUCGCUUCGGCCAUAGAUGACCAAUUUUUCGGCAACUCAAGUGUGAACUGGGCCAUGUUUGUCGCCGUUUUCUCAAUGAUUGUCGUUUUCUAUGGAAUGGCAGCCGCAUUCGUAGAGUCGCUCGCACAGCCCAUGAUCUUGGGUGCCAUGGACGGUCUUGCUACCCUUUUCAACUUCAUUGCUGGUGUUGUUCUUGCCGCCAGACUCGGUGUACGCAGCUGCAGUAACAAAGGCUAUCUGCUCAGCAAUAGCUUGACACAGGGAAUGGCAGAAAGAUGCCGGUUGCUCCAGGCUGCCACCGCAUUUUUCUGGUUCGCUUUUGCCUUGUUCGCUGCGUCCAUCGCUAUGGAUUUCAUCGGUGGAGGUUCCAGCAUGGCUCGUCGUAGCAAUGUUCGCAAAAGUGGACCAACCAUGUCCCAAGUCUAAGCAACGAAUUGGCAAACAAUGGAUCAAGUGGCAACGAAAGCUUACUAUUUGCGGUCAGGGCAAUAGGAUAUCAGGUAGGGCGGAAUGCCCAUUUUGAAUUGCGUUCAAGCGCAAGGCUAUGUAAACGAUCUUUAUGUCUUCACGAUUUUGACAUAGGAAAGGCAGAAGGGAUUUUGGACGCCAUCUUUUGAUGUGUACAAUAUGUUCGGGAAUAUGGACUUAAUAAUACCAUACUUAAUAAUAAAUAAAUGUAUUCGAUGUCUUCU